UGGCGCCAACGGGAUCUCGUAAGAGAAUAAAGCCCAGCCCGUCCGGCCCGCAGUCGCAAUCAUCUGCCUCAUUGAGCAGCGAGGUAACCUCAUCUCCAGUGGGGGCAAAGCGCUCAACCUCGCAGAAGCAAGGAAGUGAACUGGUACCCUGCACUUUGGCCCGCGGUGUCUAAAGCAUCUAAAGCGGCGCCUGUUACCGAGGUUGCCCGCGAGAGCAUUUCGGUUGCUCAAAAUGUAGCAUCGAGCAUGACUACCUCCUCGGAAUCCCUCCUUCACACCCCAAAGCAACAUAGAAAUCCUUCACUUCAGCUUACCAAGAAAAAAGGCGCAUCGACCAGAUCUCUUCCUGCCGACGCUACGACAACAAAGAUCAACAUCGCUUCCGAUGGUUCCGCAUCCACUCCAACAUUGGAUUCCCAGUUCGAUACUGCCGGUCCAGCCCCGAAUUUUGCCCAGAAGGAAGGAUCAAGCGAGGAGGCUGCAGGGGCUACAGACGAUAAGAACGGAGAGCAACUAAAACAGACAACCGACACUUCCCCAUCAGGAUCAGGUGCUGGAGCGGUGGAACCGGGUCUGGCUCAAUCAUCCUCGAAGCCAGCUAGUGGCUGGUUCUCAUGGUUCUAUACGGCAGACUCGGCUGAAGAAUCUUCCACUGGUGCUCAGUCAGAACGAGCGCCUGGGACCGAAAGCACCCCGACAGAGCCGUCUGCUGAAGACCAAACGCCGAAGAAUUGUGAAACUCCCUCCAACGACCCUGUGAGAAGUGCAGAGACACCCUCUGCACCGGCCACAGAAGCUCCUACGUCAUCACAGAAGCGAUCCUGGUUUCAAAUGUUGUAUGGUUCGUCUGCGCCGCCACAGGGGGCGGAUACGCUCAAGCCCGAAGAACACAAGGAUAACUCCCAAUCCGAAUCCCUCGGACCUUCUCCUGCUGUAAAUGCGCCCGUCCAUGAUCCAAAGCAUGCAAUUUCGUCUUCAAACCAGCCGCCUGCGGAAUCUCAGAGAACGGACGGUCCAGUUGACACACUGGCCAAGAACACUAAGUCGGGAUGGUCGUUCUGGUUCAGAGAUUCGUCGCACGAUCCGAAUCAAGUGGCACUAGCAGAUCCUCCGUCAGUUGAGGCUUCAACCGCGCAAGGAUCAUCUUCAAACCAGCGUCAGGACAUUCUACAGGAAGAAACAGGACUGGAACAGAAAGCGGAAGACACCAAGAAAGGCAACAUCAAAAUCAAGACUCCUAGGAGCAGUGCUGCUGCCACUGACAGAAUCCCCUCUCAUGUGCAGGACCUUCCUCCUGAAUCACCCCCACCACGAGUGUCAGAGGCAGCAGCAACGAAGCAAUUGCAGAAAGUACUACCGAAUCAAGUCCUACCUCGCUUUUCGGAUACUUUUUCUGUGAAAGAAACACCCUCUCUCGUGCAAACAAUUGGACGGUUCUUGCACUAUCGCAGAGAGCCUGAUAACAAGCAUGUCUAUAUGAUCAGAGAUCCCCCAAGCAUCAAGAAUGCAUUGGCCAUUGGUGUGCAUGGGUAUUUUCCCGCCCCACUAAUACGGACAGUGCUUGGACAACCAACAGGUACCUCCGUGAGAUUUGCCGCCAUGGCGGCGGAGGCCAUCCACAAGUGGACAGAGAGUCAUGGCUAUGCAUGCGAUGUCGAGAAGAUAGCACUAGAAGGUGAGGGCCGCAUCGCUGAGCGCGUCGACUUGCUAUGGAAGCUGCUCCUCAAUUGGGUGGAGAAAAUCAGGAAAGCCGAGUUUAUCCUAGUUGCAUGUCACAGUCAAGGUGUUCCGGUUGCGAUCAUGUUAGUUGCGAAACUCAUUGCUUUUGGCUGCUUGAAUGCCACUCGUGUUGGCGUGUGCGCUAUGGCCGGCGUCAAUAUGGGGCCAUUCUCGGAUUAUAGAUCUCGAUGGAUCAGUGGUUCGGCGGGUGAGCUUUUUGAAUUUGCUCUGCCCUAUAGCCAAGUCUCGAAAGAUUAUGAAGCUGCAUUGAAAUGCUCUCUGGACUUUGGCGUUCGAAUAUCCUACAUUGGGAGUAUCGAUGACCAGCUGGUAUCUCUAGAGUCUUUCCCAUCUGGUCGGUUUCGUGCUCAAACUUCGUAACCUAGGGAUCUCGGACCAUGGCCUCAUCCGAGAAUUGAGCUCUCCGCUGGCAGGGAGCCUUUACACAGGAGAAGGUCAUUCUCGUCUCUAUGACGACGAGGCUGUCUAUCGUCUGGCGAUUGAAUUUGCUCUGGAAACGUCGAAUGUCAGUAACGCUGCCUUAGACGUCAGACGGAGUCUCCCGUCUCCUUCGAACCCCUAUAUUCUACCGUUUGCCAUGCGGGGUAUACUCGAAGAAGAGUAUGUUCGCCGCGAACUCUAUGAAGAGACAAUGCAAUUAUUAAGGCAAUACGAUGAUUGGAAGCCCUCGAGCAAAGUUCUAAAGGAUGUCAAAUUCAGACUCGAGGGGAUCAGGUCCAAACUCUAAGCGGGCGCCUGCUGGUGCUUCGCCCGUAUGUGGAUUUGCUUAUUGUCCUACUGUUGCUCUUUGAGUGUGUUUU